GCCACAGUUCGUUCGUGGACGCCCCCAACAUUGGGCCCACUCGCAGAUUUCCUGCUGCUGGUUUCCAUUCAAGCUCUUCUGCCUCCCUUCCCUCUCAUCUCUCUCUUUCCAAAAACAUAUCUUUGAUUUUCUCCUAAACCCUUAUUCGAUUAAAUUCCAGUUCAACUCAAUUAUUCUGAAUAAAACUUCUUGAGUUCAUCUUUUAUGGCCACAAUUACCGCACCAAAACCAACCCCUUUCUUGCUUGAAUCCAACCUCAAAUGGAACCCUUUGUUGCCCUCUCAAAAUCCCUUUAAACCGUUGUUUAAUUCCCCCAAAAUUUCGCCAGCAUUCAAGCUUAAUAGCCAUAAACGCUCUAGAAUUUGCAGUCCCAAAUGUGUCUACUCCAAUAAUUCUGCAUCCAAUGUUGAUGGCGAUGCUGGCAAUUUUGGUUUCUUCAAGAAAACAGAGUCAUCAGUGGAAAUACAAGAGAACCCUGUUGAUAAAUUUGCUAAAUUUAUCUUAAAAGCCUUUAAAGCUCUGCAAAAGCCGGCAGUGGCUGCAGUUCUUGUAGGAUUGUUGUUAAUGUAUGACCCCAAUUCAGCAUUGGCUGCCUCAGGUGGGAGAGUGGGGGGCAAAUCAUUUUCUUCGUCCAGGUCGUUUUCAUCGUCAUCAUCAAGGAGUUAUUCUGUGCCUAGGAUGUCCGGUGGCUCGAGUUUUUCAUAUUCUGCGCCGUAUUAUGCUCCCUCACCAUUUGGAUUUGGUGGUGGUGGUGUCUAUGUAGGACCUGCAGUUGGUUUUGGUUCGAGUUUUUUCUUGAUUAUGGUGGGAUUUGCAGCGUUUGUAUUGGUCUCAGGGUUCUUGUCGGACAGGUCGGAAGGUGGUGUGCUUACUGCUACUGGGAAGACUAGUGUUCUCAAGCUGCAAGUAUGGAUGUCUUAUGGUGCAACGAAAGGACAUAAUGAUAAGCCCGUGGGGUUUACCUCCACUUCGGUUGGCUUGUUGGGUUUGGGGAGAACUCUCCAAAGAGAUCUUGACCGAAUUGCUGAAACUGCAGAUACAUCCAGCCCAGAGGGUUUAAGCUAUGUGUUGACUGAGACUACACUAGCUUUGCUGCGGCAUCCUGAUUAUUGUAUCUCGGCUUAUUCAUCUGCUGACGUUAAGAGGAGCAUGGAUGAAGGGGAAAAACGAUUCAAUAAGCUUUCCAUUGAAGAACGUGGAAAGUUCGACGAGGAGACCCUUGUCAAUGUAAACAACAUAAAAAAGCGAAGUUCAACAGGCCAGAGAGCAAGCGGCUUUAGUAAUGAGUACAUUGUGGUAACAAUAUUGGUGGCUGCUGAUGGCGUGCAUAAGCUGCCUACCAUCAAUAGUAGUUCAGACUUGAAGGAAGCAUUACAAAAGCUUGCCUCAAUUCCUUCAAGUAAAACUUUGGCCGUUGAGGUCUUAUGGACUCCCCAAAAUGAAGAUGACGCAUUAUCAGAGCGAGAGUUGCUUCAAGAUUACCCCUUGUUGCGGCCUCUCUGAAAUAAAAGACUGCCAUGCCUUCAAGUUCUACAGAGGCUUCAAACAGGCCUCUCUUUGUAUUCAGAGUAUAGUUGAUCACAGAAUCAGAAGCUCAGUGAUGUAUCCAGUACUGCAAGUCGCAGUUGUGCAAAGGGUUCCUUCACUGAAACUAGUUUUGUUGAACUGCACCCCAAAUAGAGUACAUCUCAAAGCAAGGCUGUACAUAAUAUCACACGUGCAAUAACAAACAAUUCUCUUCUAAAUUUUGAGAUAGUUUCACAUCAAUCCGAGUUAUAUCUCUCCUCCUGAUUGACAUGAGUU